AUGAUUGCUGAAUCAAGCGAUGAGACGGAUAAUCAAGCUGCAGGGGCAAAACAGGCAGCACCAUUUCCUCUUGCUUCACAAACUGGAACAUAUCAACAGAAUAUUAAGCAGUACAAGUUUCCAAUCAAUAAUUCCUACAGACCAUCACAAAAUAGGCGGUGUCCUGCGUGCGAUAGCUCGGUCUAUCCUUACUGCGCAGAGAAAUUGUUGCACGAUGCAUGUUGUUGCACAGAUCCUUACAUUCAUGAUCUUCCUUAUCAAUGCAGAUUGGCGGAUUGUCGAUUUCUUCAUGCGAACACAUGCCGGGAACACAAACUAAUUGCUACUUGUUGCUGCAGCGACGAUUACCGGUCGUUAUUGAAGAAUUUUUCAGACGUCCAAAACUAG